AUGUUUUGCGCAGGCGUAAUUUCCAAGUUGCCGAGAUUCUUCAUUCUGGUAUUUCUCGUGAUCAACAUCUUUCUAGCCACCUUCAUCUUCAUGGGUUGUAUCAACAAGUCUGCGUCAUUCUCCAACGUCUAUCUUGUUGAAUACUCCUACAACCAGGACUCGGUGUUUUUUGACGCCAUCAAGAGCUCCUUCAAGCAGUCCAAUGCAACCGACCUGGCUUACUUGAAAGCUCGGUCUGGCUUCUUCGGUGCAUGUGCCACUGUUAGCAACGCUACCGAGUGUGUCUCUAGAGGCAACCUGACUGCCCUCGAAGACAUGUUCCCCAGUCUGAGUAUCACUCAGUCUGGUACCAACUCCUCUGCCCUAGGGCUUAUUCAGCUGGCUACCCAGUUCACAGGGGACAUUGUUCAUCCUAGCCUCCCAGUCGUCACUCUGGUGCUCGACGUUCUGGUUUUUGUCUUUGUCCUCUGGAGCAUUUUCGCCUUUAUUCCUGGAGCCACUCAAGCCGGUAUCAUGAUGAUGUGGACCUCUAUCUGCGCUUUUCUCACCUGGAGUGUCUGUACCAUUUGGUUCCAUGUCUCCACGCUCGUGGGCACAAUCUUCAUUGAGAGCUCGAGUGCUGGAGCCGUCACCUCUGCCGUUGGAGGACGUAUCAAGGGUAUGAUCUGGACCACCUUUACCUUCCAGUUGCUUAUCGGUCUGUUGGCAGUAUGGACUACACACAAGUCGUCGAUUCAGAAAGCCAAGAAAGAGGCCGACUACGAAGCGCGUGCGUAUGCCGUCAAGGCUUGA